AUGGCGGUUGUGCUGUACGGACCGGCUCUGGCCCUCAGUUCAGGGAGGCAUAAAAGCGGUCAUUUGGACGGAUGUACUCCAGUGUAUACUUAUGGCUUGGUUGAAUUGGGUGGUUUUGGCCGCAUAUGGGAAAUCAACGAGAUGGGAGGCCGGCUUAAAUUUUUCAACAUGCAGUUUGAUAUAUACAACCACAACAACCUAUUCAAUGUAGUAUUGGGCACAACCCUAAUCUGGUGCAGCUCUUACUGUGUGUCCCAAACACAGGUCCAGCGGUACUGUAAUAUGGGUUCAAAGAGAAACGCCAAAUUGUCGCUUUACGCAAACCUACCAGGACUCAUAAUAUUGUGCUUGAUGGCCACAUUUUCGGGUAUGGUCAUAUACGCCAAAUAUCAUGCAUGCGAUCCGGUCACUUUGGGCCUGAUAAAUCGUCAUGAUCAAUUGAUGCCGUACUACGUGAUGGAUACGCUAUCAAAAUAUCCGGGUGUACCAGGGUUAUUUGUCGCCUGUGUGUUUAGUGGUUCACUCAGUACCCUUUCAUCGGGGUUUAAUUCACUGGCGGCCAUAACGUGGGAAGAUUUGUUAAAGGAUAGAAUCAAUGUGAAAUCCGAGGCCCAAGCGCUUAACAUUACAAAGUUAAUUGCCAUGUCAUACGGACUGUUGUCUAUAGGCUUUUCAUUUGUUGUGGGCAAUGCGGGCACUGUUAUGCAGGCCUCUAUGGCGCUCACCGGUGCUAUGAGGAUUAUUACUUGGAUUUAUAAGCGGUUUCGGUGUGUCGGCAAUACUAGCGGUCGGAUCGCUGGUAAUCCCGCGGCCAAAGGUCUCGUUGUCCACAACUAUCGACAGCUGUCCUCACGUGGUAUUAAUGGAUGUAUUGAACCGAUUCUCAGCCCUUCCCACUUCUUCAUACUUACCCUCAUAUGAUAACGUUGAAGGUUACGCCCGAUUCUUUCACAUAUCAUACCUAUUGGUAUCGCCCAUUGGUUUUACCAUUU